AGUAAUUGCGAGUCUUUGCAAUCCUCUUCUGACCUGUCGUCACUGAUUGGGAAAGAUCGAGAUUUAGGGGAAAAAUUGGAAAAUCAAUAAACUAGGGAAACGUGGGUGCUGCAAUUUUGAUUCAUUUGCUUCCACAUAUUGUGCGCGCUACAGAUAGUUUAUUCGAAUCAAUUCAUACUUCCAAGCCGAUCACUUGCUGCAGCCUUUGGCUUUUCAGAAGGAAAGAAGAAUGAUGACGACUGCUUCGGUGGCAUUUGUGGCGGCUGUGCUUGUUCUCACGGUUCAGCUAUCUUUCUCAUCCACGGUCCCCGCAUUCUUAUGGUCGCCUCAUCUAGAUGGAAUGAAAGAAAUGGUUGAUUACAGAAUUCUUUCUCCAAGAGGUUUAGCUAAGUCAGCAAUGAUCCAAGGGGGAUGGUCGAAAUACCUGUGCUCAAGGGAAGAAGCUCAACAGUCUAAGAAUUUUGCCUUUCUUUUCAUUGGAACAGAGUUACUAUCUCUGGACAUUUCCAGACCCUCAAGGACUGAUCCAGCUCUUAUAGACUUGAUCCAGGACUCGUAUUCAAACUCCAACUUGUCUUUGGCCUUUCCUUACAUAGCUGCUGGAGAGGAGAAAGUGGCAAUAGAAAGCACUUUGAUUUCAGAGUUUGCUGACGCUUGUCAGCAUAAUUUUGUUGUCAGAAGUAUUGCUUUAGUGGGUUCAUGCUCUGUAGUGGGUGAAAAUCUUUAUAAAUUAGAAGAUAUUCACUCAGUCCAUGAUUACCUGAACUCAAGGGUUGAAAAGAUAUCUGAUGGAGAUACAGAUCUGAUUGUGUUGUGCCCUGGAGGUUCCCUAUCGCAGCAAGAUUCUGAUCAACCCCAUUCUGAGAGCAGCAUUCUCUCUCAACUUCUCAAUUCUGUAAAUCAGUUGGGUGCAAAAUACACGGUUCUCUACGUCUCAGAUCCAGUUAGAUCUAUUAAGUACCUCCCUCAUCGGGGACUAGAAAGAUUUCUUGCUGAAGGUUCCAUGGGAAAUGGAUCAGCUAAUUCCACUGUCUGUGAUGGAGUUUGCAAGAUCAAGUCAUCUCUUUUGGAGGGAAUUCUAGUGGGAAUUGUUUUGCUUGUAAUUUUGAUAUCCGGGCUUUGCUGCAUGAUGGGAAUUGAUACUCCAACAAGGUUUGAGACUCCACAAGAUUCUUAAUCGGUUACCUGUGAAGGAUUUAUAUAUUUUUUGGUGGUGGUGAUGUUGGUCAUCUGCUAUGUAGUUUCUGUAGAAUUUAUGAUCCUCUUAUUACUUGUUUACUCACAAAUGAACAAGAAUUCUGCUUGUGUGUAUGUUUUAUGAGGAGCGAGCGAUUGAAUAAUAGAAGUGGCUUCUGUCAAAUAAUUUCUGGAGGUUAUGGGUUAUUGGAUUUUCAUUGUUUGCUCCAGUGCAGAUGCUCAUCUUCUUUGUACUCUCAUCCAGUCAUCCUUUAAUUGUGUCGUUUGUAGUAAUUAAUGUUCUUUCCUAUUUCA